AUGAUAUUACCGACGAUACUGUCACUUAUAAGACACGUUAAAUUUGAAUGUGGAAAACAACCUCAAUUUCAAUGUCCUCAUUGUCCCAUACGUACGACGAGAAACAGCACAUUAAAAAAACACAUAGGAAAUAGACAUUUUGGUGGAGGAUACGAAAAAAAAAUUAUAGCGGGUCAUAACGGUGGAGGAGGUGGUGGUGGUGGUGGAAAAAGCGGUGGAGAUUCUAAAAUCUCGACGAAAAACGAAGAAUGCGGUAAAAAAUAUUCACAAAGUCCCACGUUGUGGAGACACGUUAAAUACGAAUGCGGAAAAGGACCGCAAUUCCAUUGUCCCUAUUGCAUGAAAGGAUUUACGAGAAAGUUUACAAUGUUGAAACAUGCGGAUAAACAACACGAAAAAGAAUAUAAAGACGACGGGAGGACGACAUCGUUUGAUAUAAAACCCGAAAUGUUUGAUAAUACGCAAGAGAGAAGGAAUGAAAUAUUUCGUAGGCAGCAAGUUAUAAGGAAUCAACGUUUGGAAUCGGAAUUCGGUAUCAAACCGGGAGGAUUUAAAUGUACAAAUUGUGGGAAAAUGUACAAUCAACAAGCGAGUUUGUGGCGUCAUUCGAAAUACGAAUGCGGUAAAGGACCGCAAUUUCAGUGUCCCUAUUGCGCUCUUAAAGUAACGCAAAAAUGUUACAUGAGAAAACACAUAUUGCGUCGUCACGCGGAUAAAGUAUUUAAUUACAUGACUUGUUGA